AUCCAAUCCUGAUAUAAAGGGAGAGAGAGAGAGCACCCUGUAACUGAGAAAUUGACAUGUCUCAUCCCCAUCAGACAAAUAUUCUUUUCCAUCUCUGCAGUGACUGGAGACUUAGGAGUGUUGGGUGGACUUCCUCUUGUGACUUCCCUUCAGCCCCUGCUUGUAUAAAUCCUCUGGACGGAGAAUUUGCUGCAUCAGAGACCCCAGCUCCAAUUCACGCUCCUCCUAUCACCAUGAAGGCUCCCUUCUUUCUCUGCAUCCUCUUUGCUCUCCUAGGUCUGGGUGCCUGUCUGCAGUGUGAGGUUUGCUCUGAGUUUGGCAGGACCUGCAGGGGCAGCAUGAAGACCUGCAGUUCUGGAGAAGAUUCCUGUGCCAUCACUCUGUUUGAAAGCCAAAUAAUGGGAUUGGCUAUACAGCAGGUAAUCAAAUCCUGCAUGGCAUCCAGUGAGUGCAGAGCCAGCCCUGUUGUUACCAGGUUUGGGGAUGGAAUGGCAAUAAGGACGAGCACCACCUGUUGUGUGGGGGAUGCCUGCAGUACAGCCUCCAUUACAAUGCCCCCAGCAAGUACAAUCCCAAAUGGUCAGCACUGCCCUGCCUGCUCUUCUGUGUUUAACUUUCCAUGCAGCGACGAGACCUUAGCUUGCACUGGAUCUGAGACCCAAUGCAUCGCAGUAACCGGAAGCAUAACAAUAGGGGCAGAUUUACAGGCCACCUUGAAGGGUUGUGCCACUGAAUCCGCCUGCACCCAAUUGAAAGGAGAUUCAAGGCGCUUCGGAGACAAAGUAAAGAUAACCACAGCCACAUGCAUGCCAGCCCCUGGCAGGUCUGAACCAACUAAGGGACCAGCCCCGGGUGCAAGUGGCACAGCUAAGGGACCAGCCCCGGGUGCAAGUGGCACAGCUAAGGGACCAGCCUCCAGUGCAGCCAGCCAAACUAGGGGUCCAGCCCCUUUUGCGGCUGGCACGACUCCAGGACCAUCUGGGCUUCUCCUCCUCCCAGUCCUCACAGGGUUAUUCCUGUUGAAGCUGUUCUCCUGAUCCCCACACUAUGCACCAGCGACACUGCACUAAAUAACACUGUUCAGCUUGCAUUUGUCCUUCUCAGCUGCUGCUUUUCCAUUCCAGAGACUCUCACUUUCUGGACGGAUUUGUUUCCCCUUUAUUUUGUUGCACUGAAUAAA